AUGGAAGAAGAAGUUGUUGUCAUUAAUGAGAAUGACACAUGGGAGAAAGUAGCAAGGCCAAGUGACAAAGAAGUUAUUGGUGUGAAGUGGAUCUACAAGGUGAAGUACAAUGCGGAUGGGUCACUUCAAAGGCGCAAAGAAAGAGCCGUGAUUGCUAUGACAUCUCAAAGAGGUUGGUUAAUUUAUCAACUUGAUGUCAAAUCGGCAUUUUUGAAUGGAGAACUCCAUGAAGAGAUCUAUGUAGAACAACCACAAGGUUUUGUAAUUGAAGGAGAAGAAGACAAGACACAGGGUACUUCUAUUCUCAUUGUUGCUUUAUAUGUUGAUGAUCUUAUCUUUAUGGGUAAUGAUGUUCAUAUGAUUGAACAAUUCAAAAGAGAAAUGAUGAUGAAAUAUGAAAUGAGUGACAUGGGUAUACUCAAGUACUUCCUUGGUAUUGAAGUUCAUCAAAGUGAAAAUGGAGUAUUCAUUUCUCAAAGCAAGUAUGCCGAAAAGGUGUUGAAGAAAUUUGGUAUGCUUGGUUGUAACCCCAUAUCUACACCACUUGUAGUGAAUGAGAAACUCAAGAAAGAUGAUGGAGGAAGAAAAGUUGAUGAGACUUACUAUAGAGGUCUUAUUGGAAACUUGUUGUACCAUACACAUACAAGACCCGACAUCAUGUUUGCUUCAAGUAUGCUUUCUAGGUUCAUGAGUUCACCUAGUCAUCUACAUCUUGGCGUGGCAAAGAGGUUGUUAAGGUAUAUUCAAGGAACAAUGAAUUAUGGAAUCAUGUAUUCAAGAAAUUUGGAUGUCAAAUUAGUUGGCUAUUGUGAUAGCGACUUGGGAGGGUGUAUUGAUGACAUGAAGAGUACAUCGGGUUAUGCCUUUUCUCUUGGUUCGGGUAUAUUUACAUGGGCAUCGAAGAAGCAACCAACCGUAGCUCUAUCCACGGCGGAAGCAGAGUACAUUUCGGCAUCAAUAACCACAUCUCAUGUUGUAUGGAUAAGAAGAAUCAUGGAAGACAUUCAAGAGAAACAAGAAGGGUGCACCGAAAUUUUUUGUGACAACAAAUCUGCAAUUGCUAUGUCCAAAAAUUAG